UGGUACCGAUCACCCGCCUAGACUCAGGUUCCGCUACUUCGUCUAGCCGAGUCUUUAUACUAGUUGGCAUCAUCGUCUUCCACGGUUCCGGUUCAGGGUACCACCCUUUUUGCUGAACCUAUAUUUGACAUAAACCCCACAGGGACACAUGGGUCAACACGCCUUGCAUGGUUACGCACGGCGAAUCAUUGCUUGGAAAUACAGCGUUGACAUUCAGUCUCAUGCAGGCCUCCUCAUCGAUCUGCAUUACCGAUAUAGACUUCCUUAGUCGGAUCCAACAACAUAUCGGGAAAACCAACACACAUAAUAACAAGCCUAUACGGGAUGCAAUCACACCAAAGUCAAGACUUAGAGGAGUAAUAUAUGCCAUGCACGUUUCAUUAUCAAGGGGAGGGCCUAUCCAUUAUCCACUCUUGUCAUGGUCUCGCAGGUUGAAUUCAUUCUUCACCGCCAAUCAUAUGUCACCAGUCUGCCCAAUUCCUUCUGUUGUCUCUCGUUCCAUCAUGAGUGUCUAACCCCACGCCUCUCUGUGAAUCUAUCCACAUAGCCGUGUCUACUUCUAUCAUAAACUAGUC